AUGAUGGCACUUUCGGGUCUGCUCAAACCAUCGAGCCACAGCCACAGCACGAAGGAUCACAACACGCCUCGUCGCCAGAGCCGCUCCCCCUCUAAAUCCACGUCUGCGUCUUCCUCCAACAGCGGCAGCUCCCCGGAAGCAGGCACCAACUCUGCAACCGAAACACACAUCGAAUCCACACAUAUCCGUGAAGAGGGCAAUCUCCAGCCUUUGGAUGCCGAGGAUCCGGAUCUCAGGGAACUGAACAACAGCCUUGUGGCCCUCGCGGCCAUUUUCCCUGAUGUGCAGGUCGAGGUUUUCAGGGAGAUGCUGCAGAGUUUCGACGAGGAGUCCAGAUUAGCGGUCGUGACGGAGACAUUGCUGAAGCACAAAAUGAAGUGGGUGAGGGGUCGAUAUCGGGUGACCGUGAAAGAGAAGGAGAAGACACCUGCCAAGGAGGAGAAAGCAGAGGCAACGACGUCUGGAUCCCAAGGGGUCGUUGCCCCAGAGGAUAGAUUUCGAAGUGCUGGGUAUAAGAAGGCUGUCAAGGUUGUGACUUACCAAGAGUUCAAGGGAUUGUCGAAAUCCACCAUCAAUGCUGUUUUGGCCGAGUUCAACUACUCCUACACUCUGGCUCGACCAACAUUGGUUGGAUUAUCUUCGAAAUCAUGGCGUUUCUCAAUCUCCUCUCUAUUCUUGCGAAGGAAGCCCAUAUCAUCCUUGGAAGCGGAACAUCACCCUUUGGUAAUUUGGCAGUCUACAGGACAAGGGUCUAUUGUGCCGACUUUCAAGGCGACGGGCUCUGCAGAGCUAGACAAGGAGCUUUAUGACAGUCUGAUUGUACCGAUCAAACAACGAUUGCUUGCUGAGCGGGAGCAGAAGGAUCACAUACUGGCAUUAGAGGUCAAUAAUGCCGAGGCAGAGGAGAACGAGGCUUUACACGAUUGUGAAUGUUGCUUCACUUCGACUUCAUUUGAAGAGUUGACUGCUUGUGACAAUGGGGGACAUUUUAUUUGCUUCAAUUGCGUCCGACAUGCAAUAAAUGAAGCGGUAUUUGGACAAGGUUGGCAACGAAAUAUCGAUCUCCAAGUUGGUACAUUACGAUGUGUGGCCGCUAUGUCGGACGAAUGCCAAGGUUGUAUCCCACAAGCUCUUGUUCGACGAGCAUUCACCGGGGACAAGGCUGGCAAAGAAGUCGUCCGAAAAUUGGACGAGCGACUAGCCGAAGAUAGUCUCCUCAAAACACAACUACCACUCAUUCGAUGUCCCUUCUGCAGCUACGCGGAAGUGGACGAACUUUACCUUCCCGAAUCCCAAAGAUCUUGGCGUCUGAAACGGAUGGGACCGGCUUCACUCUACACAUUUGUAAUUUUGAUUUUAGGCGUUGGCAUGAUACCCUUCCUUACACCUAUUUUUGUGGUGUUCUCCUUUAUUUUCUUACUUCUCUCCUCCCAGCAAUCCUUUGCGGAUUACGUCUCAGCACAACUCAACGACUCGGUCACCCGUCUCCGUCGAAAACGCCAUGGGUUAAAAUUCGUCUGCCAGAACUCGGAAUGUGCUCGUGCUUCUUGCAUUUCAUGUUCCAAAGCCUGGACCGACAUUCACAUUUGCCACGAGUCCUCACUUCUCGCCCUCCGUACACAAGUCGAACUCGCUAUGUCAUUAGCCAUUAAACGGACUUGCCCUCGCUGCCAGAUGUCCUUCGUUAAAUCAUCUGGUUGCAAUAAACUUACUUGUGUUUGCGGCUAUCAGAUGUGCUACGUCUGUCGUAAGGACAUUGGAAGUGGCGAAGGCUAUCGACAUUUCUGCGAACACUUCAGACCUAAUGGUGGGAGAGGCUGUACUGAGUGCUCAAAAUGUGACCUCUACAGAUGCGAGGACGACGAAAGCGUGGUCAAAAAAGCAAAAGAGGAAGCCGAAAAGCAGUGGAUGGAAAAAGAGGGAACGACCCUCGGUGGUGACGAAAAAGUUAGAAAGGUACUCGAGAAUGAAUGGAAGAAAGAUGGGUCCUGGUUUGCUAGUAGCCUGUGGGAAUUGAAAUCCCCGAAUUGGGAGCAAAUGCUGGACGCAUUGGUGGAAACCGUUAUUGAAUGA